UGAAUGUAAAGGACCCGGGGGUGUUGUGGCGAGAGUGAUGUAAGUGUUGUGUGUUGGUGUUGCGUGAGGCUGUGGCGGUGUGUCGGUGGUGUAGCAGUGUAGCAGCAUCACAGCACAGCACAGCACGGCACAGCACGACACAGCAUGGCCCACAGGCUGGUGAUGGUCGCCAGGAGGGUGGACAGAAUGCUGCAAGGGGUGAGAAGAGCCGCCCUCAGUCCCGUCUGGGUGGGGCAGCAGGUGGCCAAGAUGGAGUCCCCGCACCGCCUUUCACUUCUGCAGCAGUGGUACCAAUUCUGCCAAAAACCUCCGAGGGGAUUCGAAAAAUACUUCAGGGGGGCAGCAGGAAAGCAGGGGGGGCAGGGGAAGGCUGGGAGGAAGGACGGGGGGCAGGGAGAUGCGCCUCCUCCUCCUCCUCCGCCCCGGAAGGCCUCACAUCCCCCUCCAACUGGCCCUAAAGAUCCCUUCUCCAUGAAUUUAUUUGGUGCUGGACCUAAAACGGGUGGUGGCGGUGGAGGUCGUGGAGGUCCAAAGUCACUGGGCGAGGGUGGCGAGAGGGAGCGGUGGGUGGCGCUGGCUACCCUGGCGGCGGUGGGUCUCCUGGGCGUUGCUGCGUACUACCAGAUGAGCUACAGGGAGAUUACUUGGAAGGAGUUCUCUAAAAAUUACCUGGCCAAGGGGAUCGUGGAGAAACUGGAGGUGAUAAAUAAGAAGUGGGUUCGCGUUAAACUCAUGCCAGGAAAUCAAGUGGAGGGUGCGACGACCCUGUGGUUUAGCAUCGGCUCAGUGGAUGCGUUUGAGCGGAACGUGGAGACGGCACAGCUGGAGGCGGGGAUUGAGCCGAGCAAUUAUAUCCCGGUGGUAUACAAGAACGAACUGGAGGCUGCGACUUUCACCUCCUUCCUGCCCACCCUCCUCAUCAUUGGGUUCCUGAUCUUCAUGAUGCGGAGGUCGGCUCAGAUGAUGGGCGGAUCAGGUGGGCGGAGGGGUGGAGGGCUGUUUGGUGGAGUGAUGGAGUCGACAGCCAAGAUGGUCAACCCCACCGAUAUUGGAGUCAAGUUUCUGGAUGUGGCAGGCUGUGAGGAGGCCAAGGUGGAGAUCAUGGAGUUUGUCAAUUUUCUGAAGAACCCCCACCAGUAUACAGAGCUGGGGGCUAAGAUUCCCAAGGGGGCUAUUCUGACAGGGCCCCCGGGAACUGGCAAGACCCUGCUAGCGAAGGCCACGGCAGGGGAGGCUAAUGUUCCCUUUAUUUACGUCUCUGGGUCGGAAUUCCUUGAGAUGUUUGUCGGUGUGGGUCCUUCCAGGGUGAGGGACAUGUUUGCAAUGGCUCGGAAAAACGCUCCUUGUAUCUUGUUUGUGGAUGAGAUUGAUGCCGUCGGGCGGAAGAGAGGUGGAAAGAGCUUUGGUGGACACUCAGAGCAGGAAAACACUCUCAAUCAGCUGCUGGUGGAGAUGGAUGGCUUCAACACCACUUCCAAUGUGGUGGUGCUGGCGGCCACAAACAGAGUCGACAUCCUGGACAAGGCGCUGCUCAGACCGGGAAGGUUCGACAGGCAGAUCUUUGUACCCCCACCAGACAUUAAGGGCCGAGCGUCCAUCUUUAAGGUCCAUCUCGGCCCCCUCAAGACCCAGCUGGAGAAGAACGAUCUGGCGAGGAAGAUGGCCGCCCUUACUCCUGGAUUUACUGGAGCGGACAUCAGCAACGUGUGCAAUGAGGCGGCCCUGAUCGCUGCGAGGGAUGCCGAGACGGAUAUUAUUAUGAAGCACUUUGAGGCAGCCAUAGAACGUGUGGUGGCCGGGAUGGAGAAGAAGACCAAUGUACUGCAGCCGGCUGAGAAGAAGACUGUUGCUUUCCACGAGGCUGGCCAUGCUGUGUGUGGCUGGUUCCUGGAGCAUGCUGACCCUCUGUUGAAGGUGUCCAUCAUACCCCGUGGAAAAGGUCUAGGCUAUGCUCAGUACCUACCCAAGGAACAGUAUCUCUUCACCAAGGAGCAGCUGUUUGAUCGGAUGUGUGUCAUGCUGGGCGGCCCGGAGAGCAUCUUCUUUGGGGCUGUCACUACCGGCGCCCAGGACGACCUUAGUAAAGUGACUCGUUCUGCACAGGCCCAGAUCGUGCAGUAUGGCAUGAAUGACCGAAUAGGCUUGAGGGUGUACCAGCUGCCAGAGCCUGGAGAGAUGGCCAUGCAGAAGCCCUACAGUGAGGCAACAGCUGGGGCCAUUGAUGAGGAGGUGAAGACACUCAUUGACGAAGCUUACACCAGGACUAUUAACCUGCUGACGGAGAAGAAGGAGUGUGUGCAGAAGGUGGCCGAGAGACUAUUGGAAAGGGAGAUCCUGAGCCGCGAUGACAUGAUUGAGCUCCUCGGCCCUCGUCCCUUCAAAGAGAAAUCCACUUAUGAGGAGUUUGUGGAGGGAACAGGAAGCUUCGAGGAGGACACCAAGCUUCCUGAGGGCCUGAAGGAGUGGAACAAGCAACGUGAACAGCCACAGAAACCCAAGGAGGAGGCCAGCUAGUGUAGGACGCGAAGGAAGUAGAAGUGAAUGAUGUAGGACGUUUUUUGAAGGAUUGUUGGGGUGUUAGUGGUAGUGAAGAGGUGGAGGAUGGAGGGAAGGAUGUUGAAGGAUGGAGGGAAAGGGAGGUGAAGGAUGAAGAGAAGCAGAGAUGAAGGAUGGAGAGAAAGGAUAUUAAAAGAUAGGUGGAAAAAGAGGUGAAGGAUGGAAAGAAGGAUAGUGAAGGAUGGAGGAAAGGAGGUGAAGGCAACAGUUUCAUUUGCUCUCUAUGACCUUGAAGGAUUUAUGAGUAGAACAAGAGAAAUGAAGGAAGGAGAGGAGAAAAGGAAGGAAGGAUACAGUAGGUAGAAGUGAAGGAUGGAGGGAAGGAGAGGGAGACAUAACAGUUUCCUACACUCUUAGAAGGAUUUGGAAAGGAUAUAAUAGAUAGAAUUGAAGAAUAGACAAAAGAAGAUAUCAAGGACAUAAUAUCCUCUUGUGAUCUUAAAGGAGAAGGUCAGGAAAGGUCAAGGGAAGGAGGAAAGCCAAGGAAAAGGUCAAGGGAAGGUCAGGGAUGCAGAGACGCAAUGUAAACAAACCUUGAGAGAGAGAAAUGCAUUGCCACCGUUAGUCUAUAUAUGCUGGUGUGGUCUCAGCUUGUAAAUAUGUAUGUAUGUAUGUACAUGACUUGUGUUCAUGCCCCUUGGAAGGUUCACCCACCAUGAUGUCAAGAAAGUGUUGCCAAGGUGUUCUAAUAUUUGCUUGCAUUUUCUUUUUUUUUUUUUUUUCUCUUUUUUGUAACUGACAAGAAAGGUGUUUGCACAGUG